CUUAGGUUACUAAUAACCUUUUCAAGAAGCCUGGCCACCACUACGGUCUAGAUUUGGUGGCUUUUAACAUGCAGAGAGGUCGUGACUUCGGCAUACCGGGCUACAUGGAGUACAGGAAGUUCUGUGGACUGCCUGGUGCAGAUUUCUUUUGUAGGGCUGUUCGGAGCCAUGCCUAACACGACCAUCAAUCGAUAUACUACAAUAUAUGAGAGUCCUGCCGAUGUGGACUUGUGGUCUGGUGGCGUCUCGGAGAGACCUCUGCCUGGCAGCAUGAUCGGGCCUACGUUCGGGUGCAUCAUCGCUACUCAAUUCAGUUAUGCCCGGCGAGGCGAUCGUUUCUGGUAUGAGCUUCCUAACCAGCCUUCAUCAUUUACACCAGAACAACUUCAAGAGAUCAGGAAGGUGAAGUUGGCAAGAGUGAUUUGUGACAAUACCGACUUAAUUGACACAAUUCAGGUUUAUCCCAUGGUCCUUGCUGACCAUGAAAUCAACCCACGAGUGCCCUGUCGCAGUGGUGUGUUGCCCAGCCUGGAUCUCACCAAGUGGGCAGACUUCAGUGGUUCUCCCACAGGACAAGGCGCCUUUCAACACUCCCGUUACUGGGACUGCUUUCGACCCUCUUCUCGGCAAGAAAUAACCACCCAGACAUGUGACUCUCCUGCGUACUACUACUGAUCAUGCGGUUCUUAUUGGUCUAUAGGCGAUAUUAAUGUUAAGUUAUUCCUGGAAUAUUAUUGUUUUAUAUGGUGCUAAUCUGUGCUUGAUAUAAAACACAGAGUUGUUCUAUUCCGAAAUUAAAGAUCUCAAAUGUAAUUAUCCCCUACACUAAAUACAAAAAUUGUUUUUAUUUUGUUAUCUUUGUAUAAAUUACAUUUUUCUUUAUUAACUCUAAAAGCAAUGUUGAAAAUACUUUUAUAUGAUUAAUUUAAAAGUACCCUUACACAUAACUCAACAUAUGCCAUUUAUUGACCAAACUUUAUACUGUUGCUAUGUACCAUUCGUUAUUUUUAAUAAAUUGAUCACUGAUACGUAAGAGUGACUAAAAUUGUUUAUCAAAUUGUUUAGAAUGUAAAUAAAUAAGUUUCGAUUGGUAAUGUUCAUCUGCUCAGGCAGUCUAACAGAAAAGCGUCAUUACAAACUCUGUGUUUUACUUGAGAUUUAGAUGGCAAAUUUGUAUAUUUAACGAUGUAAAUACAAAUGUAUUUUUUAAUAAAAUGGGA